UUAGUCUCUAAAAUUUCAAAAUGAGUGAGAAAGCUCCUUCACAAACACCAGAGGAAGAACCUCAGGAUGAACAGCCGGAAGAGGCUCCUAAAGAAGGCGAAGAUGAAGCUGAGAAUCCACAAUCACAGAUUGAAGAUAUCGAAAUCUCUGAUUUUACCGGUGACGAGGAAAUAAUUUCAGCAAUGACUGACCUGAUGCCUCCCUCCUUCGAAGACGAGGAGAUCAACGAUUAUGAUCUAUUGAAGGAUAAGACUAAGAAGAUCAAGCUAAAAUCAGAGACUGAUGGCAGUGCCAAGUCUUCAAGGACAGAAAGUGCAGAUGAGUUUUUGAGGAACUUCUUUAUUAAAUUCGGUAUGAAUAAAACCCUUGAGUCCUUCCAAAACGAGUUCUAUGAAAAGGUCAGAGUAGAAGGAAGUAUAGACGAAGGCCUUGAGAUGAACGAUGAGAUCCCUGAUGUGUACCCCAGAAACCUCCAGCUCAGUGACGAAAUUGCAUUACUUCAGGAGCAGCUGGAUGAAGCCAGGAUCACCUCUGAGAAAGCCAGGAGUACUUAUGAUAAGUUGAACAAGCAGAGGGAUUACCAAAAGAUUAACCAUAGAAGGGUUCAACAGGAAAAGUCCAAGCUUAGCAAGAACAUCAACCAGCUUAAGAAGGUUUAUGAGGUUAAUCAAAAUAAGUUCAAGGAGCUCACUCAGAAAUAUGAGAAUAUUAUGAAAGAGAAAAUGAUUAUGAAACUAGAAAAAGAAAGGCUCAAUGCUAAGGUUGAGAAUCUUGAGAAAUCCUUCGCUCAGAUUAUGGAAGAGGGGUCUGAUGAUGAGCUCAAAGAGAAAACACAACUUAAGUCCAAACUUGACGAUACUAUGGUGAAGAAGACCAAAAAGAGGUUCCAGUCUGGUGAUCCUUCUGAGAUACCUGAUGUUGAUCCUGAGAAUCCAGCUCUAGGAGAGAUUAAUGAGAUAAUGUCCUCCUCCCCUACCUUACUUAAAACCUUCAAGGGUCAUUUAAUGGGAGUUACUGGGCUCUCUUACAAUCCCAAUAAGCAUAUUUUAGCAACAGCUUCUGAUGAUUCUACAUGGAAGCUUUGGUCCAUCCCCAACGGAGAACUCAUAAUGUCUGGAGAGGGACACCAAGACUGGCUGGGAGACUGCUGCUUCCACCCAAGUAACCAAUUUAUAGCAACAUGUUGCGGAGAUGGAGAGGUUAAAAUCUGGGAUAUUAUCAAUGCAAAGAGUGCUAUUUCCUUCGCAGAGCACCCACAGGCUGCUUGGCAAGUAGACUACCAUCACACUGGAGAUUUCUUGCUCUCAUGUUCGAUGGAUCAGACCAUCAAGCUAUGGGACAUGAACGUGCCAAAGAGCAGGUUCACAUUCAGAGGCCACAUUGAUAGUGUGAAUUCAGUUCAAUUCCAACCAUAUUCAUGCAUGUUCGUGUCUGGGUCAGCUGACAAGAUGAUUUCAAUUUGGGAUAUUAGGAGUAACAUAUGUAUUCAGACUUUCUUCGGGCACUUCAAUGCAGUGAAUUCGAUCAAUUUCUCCCCGAAGGGAGACACUAUAGCAUCAGCCGACUCUGACGGUAUUGUCAAAGUCUGGGAUGUCAGAAUGGUCAAGGAAAUCCAUGAAUUUGAUUGUGGAAUGGCCUCUGCUAACUCAGUCACUUUUGAUGCAAGCGGAGAGAUGCUAGUGAUCGGUAGUGAAGAUGGAACAAUUAAACUCCAGAAUCUGACAAGCGGCGAAAGAGAAGGCGAACUUAAGGGUCAUGAGGACGCUGUUAAUAAGGUCAUAGUAGAUACAUCGAAGGAUGGAUAUGUUAUUUCAGCCUCUUCAGAUUGCACCUUCAGAGUUUGGCAAUAAUUAUAAUGACUUGAAUUCUCAAUAAUGACAACAAA